GUAUUUCCAGACUGUUCUGUCAGGUGACCUUUUCUGAAAAGACUUAAGACAUGAGCGCUAUUCAGAGCAGACAUCAGCUGUGACUGGACAUCUAACUCAGAGCUCAAACACAAAAGACGCCAUCAUGUCUAAAAUGGUCAUUAACCAGCCUCAGCCUGUGAUGUAUGCCCAGGAGUCUGAUGAGUGGUCAAGUGGGAUUUGCGACUGCUGUGAUGAUGUGCCAGAGUGCUGUUUUGGUUUCUGGUGCUGUCCCUGCUUUGCCUGCAAAACUUCCAGAAAUUAUGGUGAGCCUCUUUGUCUCCCCCUGCUGGAAAUAUUCAGUGGCAUGAUCCCAGCAAUCACCAUGUCCAUGAGGGUCUCCAUGCGACAGCGUUAUGGCAUCAGGGGCACCAUGUGUCGGGAUUGUGUGCUUGCAACCUUCUGUCCAGCCUGCUCCUGGUGUCAGAUCUCCAGAGAGAUGAAGAGAAGAAAGAUCCCAAUUGUUAUGGUUGCUGCCAAAAACACAUAACCUCUUUACUCCGUAUUAUCACAAUCAGGGCUGUCAGUUAAUUAAUAAAUCACCAUCUACAUGGAAUGUUUGUAACAUUUUGCACUGCAGAGCUCCUUUGCUGAAAUCAGUGAAUGAAAUGUGUCUGUAAAUAGCUAGAAAGAAACAGAUAAAAAAUACAUUUUAUUUUUGCAUUUAUCACCAAUAAAAAUAACUGAAACAGGUUUCGAAUGCAAUUAAUUCUCUGAAUAUUACCCCGAGAAGGAAGACAUCAGACAAUAGAACAUGUAAGGAUACUGGCAGUUUACCUACUAGUUGGCUAUCACUGACCUUGUGAUGAAAUGUCAGACUGCCUUUAUUUACACAUCUUAAAGUCAUCUGUGUACAUCCUCAUCUCAGUCUUAGCCUGUCUGACCAUCCUCAUCAGCACAGCUCUGCUCCCUGGAUGCACACCCCCCCCCACCACCACCCACCCACUCCCCCUGUGGGAAGGUUCCCCUCCAUCUCUGUCUGAUGCUCUCUCUGUCAGAUCCUGACCGUACCUGUAAUCAUUGUGCCAUGUUCAUGAAUGCACAUAUUACUGUUUUGUUUUUUGUUCUUCUGAAUGCCAUAUAAUACUGCAGGAUUUGUUAAUGUUUCCAUGAUGGACCAAACUCUGAGUAGAAAUAUGAAUAAAAUCCUGAAACACCACUAA